UGUUUUACUCCAAUUAAUUUCAGUAGAAUACCAAUUAUCUGUCGGUGCUAUGCACCCCGGGACGCGUUCGAUACUUCGGCAAGUUUGUGUCGGAACAGRCUCGGUAAAAUUUCGGAAAACAUUCGUAUCUCUGUUGUUGCUCAUUGAAAAAGCUGGAGAGAGAUCUAAAUCGAGUAUGAAUGUUAUAAAGUCCAUGUUAGAUAGGUAAAACUAAGGCUUCUUACAGGGUUAUUUGUCAGUAAUGGAUGAAGCUUUGAUGCAGGUCAAUUUAUGUCCAUCAAGCAACAUAGGAAAGGCAUCCUGUUCAGUAAUCCUGAAUGAAAAUGGAAGAGCAAAGACAGAGAAUCAGGCUGUUGUAAACAUUGACCAUACCAUUGCAACUAUAUGUCCGGUUAAUGGUCUGACAACUUUAAUAACAGAGCCAGCUCAUACACAACUUGAAGUGGUACAUGAYGAGCAGCCAUCACUGCCAUCAGAUGGCAGCUUUGAUGUUGAAAACAAGCAGAACAGACGAAGACAUAAACUCUGGUUGCAGGAAAACAUGACAAAGGCUAUUAAUGCUGUCAGAAAUGGUAUGCAUGUUAGAGCAGCUGCUAAACAGUUUUCCGUGCCAAGAACAACACUAAAAUAUAAACUUUGCAGUAUGAAUACCAAUCAUUCUUACGCUCUGAAAACAGAUUGUUUAGAGAAACCAGAUAUAAUUAAUACCUCUAUUUCUCCUUCAUCUCCAACUGUGGUCAUUAAUAGUAAUCCCACUUUAACUGCACACAGUUAUCAAGAUAUCAUUAAAAUACCUUUUAUUGAUAAAUGCCUGACAUUGCAAGAUGAUGGAGAACUUUUAAAGACACUUAGUUCAAUAAAACUAAGAAAGAGAAAAUGCAAAAUGUGGUCAGAAGAGACGAUGAAACAAGCUGUUGAGGCAGUUAUUAAAGGUUCAAAAAUCAAAGAUGCUUCAACUUUAUAUGGUGUUCCUCACUCAACCCUUGGGAACAGAGUUUUAGYGGCUAGACGUAAAUUGGAGCCAGUUAUUAAAAAUAAAGGCCGUGGUUCUACACAUAAUUCUCAAUCGKMGGUUAAUAUUGAUAAGCUUUAUCCACCAAUCUUACCAGCACCACCCAUGCACAAGGAUAUACCUAAUAUSAAUCWGUCUGCUAGCCAAUCAACUAGCAGCAUUCUGACCAAUGAAGGCCAGAGACAGGACACUUCCAAACAUAUGUCAAAGCCAAGAGGAAAGAUAAAGCAGUGGACAGAAGAGUCAAUGAUGAAGGCAUUGGAAGCCUUAGAUAACGAUGGGCUGUCAGUCCAUGCUGCUGCUCGAAAAUACAAUGUUCCCAAGUCAACUUUGGAUGCAAAAAGAAGAAAGAGAGACUUCUUUCAUUCAAGCUUUGUUGGGCCACAAAUGAUUGGCAGUUUACAGGAUGAGUAUCCCUUAGUAUGUUACGUCAAUGUAUGUGCAAUGUUUGGCAUUACAAACAUUAAGAAUGUAGUGCUUUUACUUGCUGCUGAGAGUGCAGAGAGGCAAGGGUUGUGGAAUAUCAAGSAACAAGGUCUUCCCCCAGACUCRUGGUGGGAUGGAUUUUGUUUAAGACGCAGCAAUCAUAUCAAGAAUGUGGACAUAACUGCUGAACAACCAGUCAGAUUAACCAAAGCAAGGAUGAGUCUUUUCUUUGACAAACUGUCAGCAGUGAUCAACAGCAGUCAAUAYCACAAGUUGCCAUUGUCUUGUCUUGAUCAGAGAACAUUUACAGUCCAGGAGAAGAAGUUUGAGUUAGAAAUAGUGAAUAGUUGGGUGAAAGCUGCAACAAACAGCACCUUGUCUGAACCUGGGUCAUUCAUUGAAAGCAAUAGAGUUUCUACAGUCUGCUGCAUUAAUGCAUYUGGAUCUAGUCUACCUGCAAUGUUUGUAGUUCAUGUAGAGAGUGAAAUAUCAGAUCAAUUGGCCUGUSAUGAUGAACACUGCUUUGUUUGGAAUGUCAAUGACAAAUCAAGGGACAGUGACUUUUACUUCAAGUGGUUCAAUGAUGUGUUUUUGAGAUAUGCACCACAAAUCCGUCCUCUGAUUCUACUCCUUGAUCCUGAUACCUCAUUUGUUACACCAGAAUUCAUUUCUUUAGCAAAYAAGAAUCAAGUUAUUCUAUUGUGCUUGCCGCCAUUGUCAGCACAUUUCACACAACCACUCAACAUCACAGUKUACCCUGCAUUGCAACAAGGAUUUAAGACAACAUCCGUCCAGAACUCCUUUUCCCAUGGUGUCCACUGCUGCAACUUUCCACAAUGCUUCAAAUCAGCUUGGAAUUCGUCAGUGAAUGAGAGAGCCAUAAAGACUGGGUUUGAAAAGACRGGGAUAUAUCCUCUUAAUCGCAAAGUCUUUGAUCACUUAUUCCUACCUGCAGUAUAGUUUGAGGAACAUACAAAGAACAYCACUUUCAACACCCUGCAUUCUUCAGAGUAUUUACAAUUUUAACAUAUUUAAGGAUGAAACAGUGUUGAUCAAUUGGUUGUAACUAUAUAUCUACCAUUUUAUUUUUUUUGAAUUAUGCUGUUUUAGAUUCUGUGGUAUAAUUUUACGAAUUGAAAAAUAAAAAAAAUCAAUC